UAAAUCUUAUUAUUUAGUGCUUAUCCUCCACAUGUUUCCUCUCACCACAACUCAGCAGGGAACUGCGUGAUUUGGGUUUCAAGUCGUGGACGGCCUACUUCCAGUACACACAUUAAGAAGAUGUUGUGCUGUUCCCGAUGGCUAUCACACUUUGGCCGAAGAUCUGUUGCCGCCCGCCACUUUCUACACUUAAAACGGACAUUGGCAAAAGCUGCCACUGCAAAACCCUUCAUCUUCCAAGACAUAAUGGACUUUGAAUCAAAACCAGAGAUUCCAUGGAAGAAAAUUUCAGGUGAUUAUGUAGAAACAGUCAACGUCAAUGGUAAGAAGGUGCUGCAAAUUGAUUCACAAGCACUGACUCUUUUGGCAGAGAAGGCCAUCGUGGACAUUGAACACCUACUGAGGCCAGGUCAUCUACAGCAAUUAUCAAAUAUUCUCAAGGAUCCAGAAGCUUCGAAAAACGACAAAUUUGUAGCCCUGGAGUUGCUAAAGAAUGCCAACAUUGCUGCCAAUAUGGUACUGCCAGGCUGUCAGGAUACAGGAACGGCUAUCUGUAUGGGCAAGAAAGGACAAUAUGUGUGGACAACUGGGGAACCGGAUGAACCUUGAACCUAUAGUAGAAAGGAAUAUUAUUAUUAUCAUUAUCAUUGUUGUUAUUAUUUCUUUGUAUACUUCCAGGUGGCGCCAUUAGACAUGUACAAAGAAGUCAACACUGGUACCAACCUACCUGCUCAGAUUGAAAUCUAUUCCACCAACAGCAAUCAUUAUGACUUUCUCUUCUUAGCUAAAGGUGGUGGUUCUGCCAACAAGACAUUUCUUUUCCAACAAACCAAAGCCCUCCUUAAUCCUGAAAAACUUCUCCAAUUCUUUGACGAAAAGAUUAAGACCCUUGGCACUGCUGCCUGCCCUCCGUACCAUUUAGCUGUUGUCAUUGGUGGGACAUCUGCCGAGUAUAAUCUGAAGACCGUGAAGCUGGCAUCCUGUCGGUAUUUAGAUACACUACAUACAUCAGGUAAUGAAUUUGGCCGUGCAUUUCGUGAUGUUGAACUAGAGAAAGAACUGCACAAGUUAACGCAACAGAUGGGCAUUGGGGCACAGUUUGGCGGCAAGUACUUCUGUCAUGACGUGAGGGUUAUUCGGUUACCCCGCCACGGAGCCUCCUGUCCUGUAGGCAUUGGUGUUUCUUGUUCUGCUGACAGACAAGUUAAUGCACGGAUCAACGAAGAUGGAAUCUUUCUGGAACAACUGGAAACCAACCCACACAAAUACCUACCUGAGGUCACUGAUUUAAGUUUGGGCGGAGAUGUAGUACAGAUUGACAUGAACCAACCAAUGAAGGAUAUGCUUUCAGUCCUGGAUUCUUACCCUAUCAAGACUAGACUGUCUCUCAGCGGAACGCUGAUUGUUGCCAGAGAUAUUGCUCAUGCCAAGUUAAAGGAGAGAAUUGACAGCGGAGAAGGCCUCCCCCAGUAUAUGAGAGACCAUCCUGUCUAUUAUGCAGGACCUGCCAAAACCCCUGAGGGUUACGCCAGUGGAUCUUUCGGCCCUACAACUGCUGGACGUAUGGAUUCUUAUGUCGAUCUGUUACAGUCAAAUGGCGGAAGUAUGGUGAUGUUAGCUAAAGGAAACAGAAGCAAACAGGUAACCAGAUCCUGUAAACAACAUGGUGGCUUCUACCUUGGUUCCAUUGGAGGACCAGCUGCCAUCUUGGCUGAGAACUGUAUUAAGAAAGUCGAAGUAUUAGAAUACCCAGAAUUAGGCAUGGAAGCUAUCUGGAAAGUCGAAGUAGAAAAUUUUCCUGCUUUCAUCGUUGUUGACAACAAAGGGAAUGACUUCUUCCAGAAAUGGCAAGUGGCAUAAAACAUCAGCACCAUUCCACCAAAAUCUAUUUAGAACAGUAACAGGUUUCUUUUAUAAGAAACCAAAGCUGGUACCAAGUGGCAAAAUAUCUGACAUGUGGAUUUCUAUUUCAUCUUCAGAUUCUACGACUGAUAAAAAAUGGUGAAAACAAUGAAGAAUAGUUAAUUAUAAACUGUUAAUUAUCAUUUAAUUUAUAUUUAUGAAGAAUGGUGUGUUGGUAGAAUUGUUGGAGCAGUGGACAAAAUGCCUUGUGGUAUUAAAUUAGGACUUUUUUAACUUUUGAGUUUGAAACCUGUUGAGGUUGACUUUAGCAGUGUUGAUAAAAUAAAGAACCAGUAAUCUACUGAGGGGUGCGAUUCUAAUUGAGUAUAUUCUAUCCCACACUCACACAUACAUUUGUCGGCUUUUGUUAAUUUCAACCCUUCUUUUCUCUGGUAUCCACGCAUCAUAUAUGAUAAAUAAACAUGUAAAUUUUUCAACCAUCAAGUCAUAGGCAAACUGCAAUCUUCAAGACUUUCUGAACAGCACACCUAAGUAAAAUGACCUUGUUCUUGCAGCCCACCUAAUAAACCAUGUCUCAUGUGGCCCCACUUCUGGGAAAAAAAAAAAAAAUAAAAUAAAA